AUGACCACUGUCAGUGAGUGCUGCGUCACCGGCUUCGCCUGGGAGGGCAAGCCGAUGGGCAAGGUAGAGACGUUGGGCAAGAACUCGACGUACGUGACUGGCACAAACCCAGACGUUGGCCUGCUCAUGAUCCACGACAUUUUCGGGUGGGAGUUCACCAACGCGCAGCUGUUGGCCGACCACGUGGCGCGCGAGGUGGGCGCUACCGUCUACCUGCCCGACUUCUUCCAUGGCACGGGGCCGCCUACCGACAAGCUCCUGGCGGGCAAGUUUGAGGACCUCGAUAUUCCCAAGUUCCUGUCCGAAAACGGACGCGACAAGCGCGAGCCCGAGAUCUUUGAGUGCGCGCGCGCCAUUCGCGCCGAAAAGGGCCACUCGCGCGUCGGCGCCUUUGGCUACUGCUACGGCGGCUGGGCGGCGUUCCGCCUCGCGGCCAAGGAGCACGCCGGCGCGCCGCUCGUCGACUGCAUCUCCAUGGGCCACCCGAGCAUGGUGACGGAGAAGGACGUUGAUGAGUGUGCGGUCCCCGUGCAGGUCCUGGCGCCCGAGCACGACCACGUCUACACGGCCGAGCUCAAGGCCUACACCGUGAAGAAGCUCAUGGAGAACAACAUCGCCUUCCACUACCAGCACUUCCCCAAAGUAGAGCACGGCUGCUUCAUCAGGGGUGACGCCAAAAAGGAGAACGAGAGGGAGGCCCAGCAGGCUGGCAAGGAUGCCGUCGUCUACUGGUUCAAGCAGCACCUGGGUAAGCCCAAGUCGGCUUAA